AUGGUCAGGCCUCUCAAGAAGGCCCCUGGCGGUUUCACUCAUCUACUCAUCAUGGUGGACAAGUUCACUAAGUGGAUUGAGGCAAAACCCAUUACCAAAACCAAUUUCCAAGAGGCCGUCAAGUUCUUCCUGGACAUCGUCUACCGAUUUGGUGUGCCAAACACCAUCAUCACAGACAAUAGGACUAACUUCAUAGGCAAGAAGUUCUUGGAGUUCGCCGACGGCUACAGGAUCAGGAUCUACUGGGCGUCAGUCGGACACCCUCGCACCAAUGGGCAAGUGGAGAGGGCGAAUGGCAUGGUCCUCCAAGGACUUAAGCCUUGCAUGUUCGACCGGCUCAAAAAGUUUGCUGCACGCUGGGUCGAGGAACUCCUGGCUGUUCUCUGGAGCCUGAGGACACCUCCCAAACAAUCCACUGGGUUCACCCCAUUUUUUCUAACAAAUGGGGCAAAAGCGGUGCUCCCCUCUGACCUAGACUACGGCGCCCCAAGGGUCAAAACCUUUGACCCCGACCGAGCCCCGGAGGCUCAGCUAGACGUGGUUCACUUAUUGAAGGAGGCCCAAGAGAUGGCCUUGGUCCGCUUGGCUCGUUACCAGCAAACCCUUAGCAGGUACCACGAGAGGAAGAUCAGGGGAAGAACCCUCAAAGUCGGCGAUUUGGUACUACGGAGAUCACAGUCGACGAAGGAUAGGCACAAGCUCACUCCGCCCUAG